UGACAACAAACUAGUUCAUUCGGCCGGACCGCGCGACACCGCAAUAAUAUUAUAUUAUUUUAUACUCUCGGCAGACGCGCUGAUGCUGUGUGCGCGUGACCAUAGACACACGGAAACCGGUCACAGCUCAUUCGGCGGACCGACCGCAGAACGUGAUCCUUAGUGCGAACGCAAAGUUCGCGAACACCGUAGUCCGUUACCGCGGCCCACUGACCGAUCAACACUCGAACCGUGUUUAUUUUUUCUUCGUCAAAAUAUAAACAUAUUAUAAAUCGUCACAUAUUAUUUAUUUGAAUUACUAUCAUCGCGAUCAUGGCCCGUGGCGACGAGCAGCCGCCUCCGAUGGGUCGCGUGCAGAGCACCGUCUCGUUUGCGGCUACGGCGAACGACAACCGCGACAACCGCAGCGACGACGACGACGACGACAAUAACUCAUCCACGUGCAGUACCGAACGGCAGGACGAGGACGAGAUGCCGCUGGUCGACGCGUCCAGGACGAGGAUGUUCAGCGUGUCCGCCGACAGGCCGAUCACCAGGAUCCCGACCCGGGUUGACAUGAAGACGUUGACGCACAAAGCGAAACGACCGGCCGUCGACAUCGAAUUCCACGACCUGACUUAUGCCGUCAACACGACAGCGGGACAAAGGACGAUACUGAAAGGUAUACACGGUUUUUUUCGUUCAGGACACCUGACCGCCAUAAUGGGUCCUUCCGGUGCUGGGAAGAGUUCGCUGAUGAAUAUACUCGCUGGAUACGUGAGAACUGACAUCAAAGGACAAAUUCUUACUAAUGGUCAUCCUAGGAAUAUGCAACUUUUCAAAAAACUUUCAAGUUACAUAAUGCAAGAAGACCUGCUUCAGCCUAGACUUACAGUUAUAGAAUCAUUGAGUUACGCAGCUAGAUUGAAAAUUGGCCGUGAAUUAUCAAAGGAAGACAAAGACAAAGCUGUGAACGAGGUGCUGGAACUUUUAGGGGUAUCAGUGUGCCGUAACACAUAUGUGGAGAAAUUGUCUGGAGGUCAGCGCAAACGUCUAUCCGUGGCACUUGAAUUGGUCAACAACCCACCGGUGAUAUUUUUAGACGAACCCACCACUGGGCUGGACAUUGUGGCGAUAAAGCAGUGCGUCACCCUGUUGGUCGAUCUCGCCAAACAAGGAAGGACCGUGGUGUGCACCAUUCACCAGCCUACCUCAUCGCUAUUUCACAUGUUCGACCACGUGUACAUGCUGGCCCGAGGCUCUUGUAUAUACAACGGUUCGCCAAAACAAUUGGUGCCGUUCCUGGCACAAGUCGGGCACGUUUGCAAACCCACGCACAAUCCAGCAGAUUUUGUCUUCGAAGUAUUAGAUAAUGAUACAAUAGUCGACCUCACGAGAGAAAUCCAAAAUGGAAAAGUAAUAUUAUGUGAUGAUUUAGAUGAAAUGGAAAAUGGAAUGGCAACUUCCAAACUUUGUCGUAACGACACACUUAUUACAUUACCACCAGUCUUCGAUGAUGAAUUAGAUAAAUCUGAAGCAGAAUACCCAUCAUCUUUCUGUACACAGUUCUCUAUACUGUUGGCAAGAAAAUUCAAACAAUUUUUUAGAAAUACCACUGGACUGUGGAUAUCAUUUUUCCAUCAUACGUUCUCAGCAUUACUUCUUGGAAGCAUUUACUAUGGAAUCGGACAAGAUGGAAAUCGACCAUUUGAAAAUUUCAAGUUUUGUAUCAGUGUAAUCGUAUUUUUUGUUUAUACUCACGUUAUGGGUCCAGUACUUACAUUUCCAUCGGAAGUUAAACUAUUACGGCGAGAAUACUUUAAUCAUUGGUAUAGUCUGAAAUCGUACUUUUUUGCAUCUACUAUUACAUCAUUACCAAGCAUGAUGUUAUUUGGAACAUUGUUUCUUUUAAUUGUAUACUUAAUGUCUGCACAACCAAUAGAGUGGAUUAGAUUCAGUCAGUUUAUGGCUAUAGGACUAUUUACUGGUUAUACAUCCGAAGGAUUAGGUGUUCUCAUUGGAUCAUCUGUAAAAAAUUCCACCGGCGCCGUGAUGACGCCCGCGCUUCUGGCGCCGAUGCUCGCGCUGGCCGUGUACGGCAUGGGCUACGGGCUGGCCAUCGAGCCCAUCAUGGAGUCGCUGAUGGCCACCAGUUUCCUGAGGUACGCGCUGGUCGGCGUGUGCACUUCGCUGUUCGGCAACAACCGGGCGGACAUGCCCUGUCAAAUAGACGACCUGUACUGCCACUACAAGAACCCGAACCUGUUACUCCGGGACCUGGGCAUGAGCGGCCGGUCGAUCGUCAACCAGUUCAUCGGACUGGCCACGUUCGGACUGUUCUUCAGGCUGGCCGCGUACUACGUCAUCAAGCUGAGGAUGAUGAACAAACCGCUACGCAAGAUACCGCUGUACUUCAAGAAGUUCUUGCGAGGCUAACACGAUGAUCCUCCGGAGGCUGUGACGCGAGCGAACUUAUUGUCGGUCGACUUGCCCGUGUCGCCGUCGUUAUCAUCGUUAUUCUGUACGUUAUAUGAUAUUAACAAUAUUAUAGUGCUCGGGCCCAAGUCACGUAAUCGACUUGGACUUGAUCGACACCGUACAGUGCAUGUAUAUAUAAAAUGAUAUAGUAUAUUAUAUUGUGACAGCGGUACUUCCGAACACAGGAGCAACGGUUGUAAUUGUGAACAAUAAUAACGAUCACACGCUACAGCAGUUGCUGUAUUUUAUUUAUACCAUCGAUUUUUAUCACUUUUUGAGCGUAAUCGACAUAAUAUUAAGUUAUAUUUUGUAAGUUGUAUUUAUGUAUAAUAUUUAUAUGUACCUAUAGUGCCUACCUUCGUCUUGUUUUGUUUUGUUUUGUAUUAUUUUUUUUUUCUACGUUUUAUACCGAUUACGAAGUGUGUUUUGUAUUUUCAGUGUUCAAAAACUUUUCGUAAUUGUCCACAAACAGCUUUAGCUCCUAAAACAUAAAUUUCAAAUCACAAUAACUAUUCUGGUUCUAUUAUACGAAAUAUUAUAACGAUAAUAAUUUGUACAUUG